AUGGCUAACCUACCUCAAUCCCUGAACAUGAAGGCAGCUCCCUUCGAGGCUGGAUCCAGCGCAUCAACGGCCAUUGGAGGGCCUCAAGUCGCCGCCGGUAACAAGGAUCGCAAAAUGCAAUCGGCUGAGCAACUCGUCCUCGAUCUCUGCAACCCCGAUCUCCGUGAAAACGCCCUUCUCGAGCUCUCCAAGAAGAGGGAACUGUUUCAAGAUUUAGCUCCUUUACUGUGGAAUUCCUUUGGUACAAUUGCUGCUCUUUUGCAGGAAAUAGUUUCCAUCUACCCUGUUUUAUCACCACCAAACCUAACUCCAGCACAAUCAAACAGAGUUUGCAAUGCGCUUGCACUACUUCAGUGUGUGGCCUCUCACCCGGACACAAGAAUGUCGUUUCUUAAUGCCCACAUCCCAUUGUAUCUGUACCCUUUUCUCAACACAACCAGCAAAUCAAGGCCCUUUGAGUACCUGAGGCUUACAAGUUUAGGUGUCAUUGGUGCUUUGGUGAAGGUUGAUGACACUGAAGUUAUCAGUUUCCUUCUCUCUACUGAAAUUAUUCCCCUCUGCCUGCGCACCAUGGAGAUGGGUAGUGAAUUAUCAAAAACAGUUGCAACAUUUAUUGUGCAAAAGAUUUUGCUUGAUGAUGUGGGCUUAGAUUACAUAUGUACCACAGCAGAGCGGUUCUUUGCUGUAGGUCGAGUACUGGGAAAUAUGGUUGCUGCUCUUGCUGAGCAGCCUUCAGUUCGGCUGUUAAAACACAUAAUCAGGUGCUACCUUCGAUUGUCUGAUAAUGUAAGAGCUUGUGAUGCGCUGAGAAGUUGUCUUCCAGAUAUCCUUAGAGAUGCAACAUUUAGCAGUUGCCUUCGUGAAGAUCCAACCACGAGAAGGUGGCUGCAGCAGUUGCUUCACAAUGUGCAAGGACCUCGGGUUGCUGCUAUGCAAGCAGGGGGAGGAUUUGAUCACUUGCUUGUGAGCUGA